AUGGCUGCAGCGACUGCUUUGAAAUCAGGAUCUAUUGGAAGUGAAAAAAUGCAAUUUCGUACACAAAUAAUCAAUGGAAAACCACAAAUAUAUUUUGAUACAUUUGAUGAAUCUUCAAUAAAAUCAAAACCAAGACGUAAUAGUCAUACUAUAAAUACAAAUCAUCCUCCAAUAGAACAACCAAAAUCUAAACCUAGUAGUCAAAAACCAAUUUCACAAAAUCUAUCAAAUAAACAAACAAAGAAAAAACAUAAAGUUACUUUUAGUGAAACUAGUCCAACAGCAGGUAUGUUUAUGACAAUGGAUGAAAUAUCAGAACUUGUUAAAGCUACCCAAGAAAAUACUAUAGCUCAAUAUAAUAAAACAACAGAAAAUACAGAACUUUCACAUACAUAUCAACCAUUAACUCAACAACAGCCAUCUAAUGAAGUUUCAUCUGUAGCUAUAGUACCUAAAUUAGAUUUACCUUCACAAUCACCAUCGGCACCAUUAGCUCCAAUCUCACCUCGACAAGAAGCAUUAGGUAUGAUGGCUGAAAAGAAACGUCAAAAAUGGUUACGUGAAAAAGCUGAAAUGGAUCGAAUGAAACUUGAAGUUGAAUAUGAUCAACUUAAACAUCAAUUAUCACCUAUGCAUCAAAAAGUUUCAUCAUCACCUGAACGAUCAGCAUAUCCAUCUGAUUAUUCAUCAACAAAUAAUAAACCACCACUUCCAUCUUCAGUUAAACAAAAUGAUACUCUACAAAAUGAUACAUUUAAAACACGAUUAAUAGAAAAGAAACAACAACAAUGGAAACAAGAAAAUGAUGGAAAAACUCCAAUUUGGAAUCCAUUUGGACGUCCUGGUGCUGGUGCACCUAUCAUCAACGAAAUACAACAACAAACUUCACAACCAUCUUCUAAUAUUAUUAUGCCAUAUCGACCAUUGGAUUCUUCUUCUAUUUCAUCAAAUAUCAUUCUUAAUGAUCAAACACAUGUACCAGCUGCUAUGCGUACGAAUUUAUUGUUUGGUGAUGUUCGUUUUGAAGAUGAUGUUAAAACAGCUAAAGAAAUAGAACGACGACAAUGGUUAGAAGAUUUACAAAAACAAAUUGAAGAAAAUAAACGUAAAAAAUUUAAAGAACAAGAAACUGAACGUCGACAAGAUUUUUUACAUGAAAAUAUUCAACCAUUAUUACAAGAAGCUGCUAAUCGACAUCAAUCAGAAAAAGAAUCAUCAUCAAUACCAUCUAAUAAUACAUUAGUAACAAAUACUAAUGUACAAAAUUCAACUAGAACAAGUCGACAUGAUUCAGUAGUACAACAAACAUAUGAUAAAAUAGUUGAAGCAACUGAAUUAGCUAAAUAUGAAAAAAAAGCACAAUUAAUUGAAAAACUUAAACGAAAUGGACAUAAAACGGAUUUAUUAGCAAAAACAUUACCAGCUAUGAAGACAUCCGUUCCAGUUUCUACUCAAAAGACAAAUGAAAGAAAUGUUGAUUCAUCACUAAAAAAAAAUACAACAAUGAAAAUAGAACCAUUAUAUUUAAAUGUUGGUAAUGAUAAUGAUCAAUCAAAUCGAAUAAAUGAUGCUCGACGUGAUGAAGCUGUUAAUACAGUUAAUUCAACAUUUCGAAGUGAUAAUAGUGUUCAAACAGAUCUUCCAAUGAUGUCACAUAAACAAAUGUUUUCUUUUAAUCGUGAAGAAUCUGAUUUACCUCCUCAAAUUCCAAAUCAUCUUCUUCGUAAUUCAAAACAAAAUAAGAAAAAUGUUCGUAUACGUUCACUUGAAGAUCAUCAACGUCAACGACGUUCAUCAAUGACAACAAUACAUUCAAACAAUAAUACGAAUGAUGAUGGUAUUACAUCUCAAGCAAGUACAAAUCGUCAUAAUUAUGGUCCAUUAGAUCUUCUUCAUCGUCCAUUAUGGAAUUAUAAAAAUCCUGAACAUCGUCAAUAUAUACCAAAUUCAAAACGUGAUCCACAUUAUGAAAAACGUCAACGUCAUAAAUAUCAUGGAGAAGAAAAUUUUGAUCGUAUUGAUGAUAUACAAAAAAAACCAACAUAUAAUCGUUGGAAAAGUGAUAGUGAAUUACAACAAGAAUAUAAAGAAAAAAAAUCUUCAUCAACAAAUCGUACACGUUCAACAGUUUUAAAACAUAAUAUAAAUCAUAAAAAUGAAUAUAAUAUAAAUAUUUCAAGAGAAAAAAUUUCACAACAAGCAUUUGUUACAACAAAAACAGAUGAUGAAACAUAUUAUAAUAAUAUAUCAUCAUUAGAUAAAUAUGAACAUUUUAUACCAUAUACAAGAACAGAUGAUGUACUUGAUCCAUCGAAAGCUUUUUCACCUAUACCACCAUCAAGAGAAACAUCAGCUCAUACACAACAAUUAAUAACUACAACGAAUGAUGAUCAUCAUCGAAGACAAAAUACAAGUGUUCAACCACCGCCUUUUCAUGUGCCUCCAUCUCGACAAGAACAUAUUCUUCAACAAUUAACAGCUAUUAAAGAAAAUUUAGUUCGUCGACAACAAGAAGUUGCUACAUCGAUAAAUGCUAUUCCAGUUUAA